GGCUGACUAAGGCGGAGAAACAUUCUGUCCCGUGAUGGAUACGUUUAGCCUUCUCCCCUCUUUCUUUCUUCUUUCUUCUUCUCCUUCUACUUUCCCUCCCCCAUCCUGUUCAUGAUUUCAUCACUGCAUAACAUCCAAUCCACAUCGCAUAAUGCUAAAUACCCCCCCUCCAUCUCUCCCGAGAUCGCAGUCUCCAUAGUCCAUCAUUCUCUUCAUCUCGGCUGAACUGUGGGUUCCCAUUUCUCGGCCACUCGGCCUGACCACUGACGACCAGAAAAUGUCGGCUUAGUUCCGUCGUCUCGGCUGCGGUGGAUGCUUGGCUUCGGCACCGACCAUAGUUGAUCAUCCUUCCAUGACCAUUUAACCGUAAAGGAUUUUAGCGUCCGCCGAGAUCAAAGUGCCGGGGAGAACCCUUUUCCCGAGUCUUUUUAGAUCCCAAGGUUUGGCCUAAAUUCGCCUAUCGCGUGUUCCUCAUGCGCACAAUCGCCCCCGUGGGGAAAUUGUCGCCUCCCUGCUAGAUAUCUCCGGCGAAGCCCUUUCCCCAGCCACCGAUGACAUCCAAUAUGGAUUGAUUGGACCAGAGAAUGCGAAAUGAUCGUGGGGAACCUUCCCAAAAUCCAACAUGUUUAGCACCGCGCACCGCUGGACACCACCGGGGCGACCAGACCGCGCUGGAACACACUAAAACCCACGACCUGGAGUUUUUCCUCCUCUAGCUUCCCCACAAAUGCUCGCCAAUCCUACCCAUCUCAGUCCCCCACUCACCGAGAGAAUGAGCGGGAUCGGAGCGAGGCCAACACAUGGGCCGCGCAGAGAUUUCUUGGGUCUGUUUGGCUGUCAGUGACUGUGAGUCAGUCUUCGAUUGGUGCGGCCAGGAGAGUUUUUCGACAAGGUCCCGUGGCCGGUCAGACCUGGAGAAGGAGACGAGCGAAAGCCAAGGAUGACCUUCCCCUGCACGAAAACUUUCUUUUCAUCCUUCGCCUCUGAAGAUUCUCUGGGCAUUUGUAGUUAUUUGUUUUCCCGCCUUGGUCUUUUCUCGUCUUCCAAUCCUCGUCUUUCUGUCUGAUAUCCCUUCUUCCAUCUCCUUGAAUCAUUUCUCCGCAUCUCGGUCUCGCUUUGGACACCCCGGAUUUUCGAAUCCCUGGGUUUCUGCUUAUUCCGGCGUAGUGCAAGCAGCAAGACCCAAUAUUUAAAACCCCAGCUGUCUUUUGACCCCGGCAUCGUCCUUUUGCUUUUCUCUCUCACCUUCCUCCUCUCCUGUUAGGCCUUGUUUAUUCUUAGGCCAGGAUCCUGGCUUGUCUCGUUGCCGCAACACUCAAUUUUCUCUCAUAACUUCGAGCGUACAAGCACGUCCAGUGUUCGUUACCCCUUAACAAGGGCGGACACACCAACAUGUCUAUCCUGUCCCUUGUGGAGGAUAGGCCAACUCCGAAGGAGGUCUACAACUGGAAGAUCUAUCUUCUGGCGGCAGUAGCCUCCUGCACGUCUUGUAUGAUCGGAUAUGACAGUGCUUUCAUCGGUACUACCAUUUCCUUGCAGUCCUUUAAAGAUGAAUUCGACUGGGAGUCCAUGUCGGAAGCGUCCCAGAACCUAGUGAGCGCCAACAUUGUGUCGCUGUACCAGGCGGGAGCCUUCUUCGGGGCCUUCUUCGCCUACCCCAUCGGUCAUUUCUGGGGUAGAAGGUGGGGUUUGAUGGUGUCUGGUCUGAUUUUCACUCUGGGGGCGGGUCUGAUGCUGGGAGCCAACGGCGACCGGGGACUCGGAUUGAUCUAUGGGGGUCGCGUGCUGGCCGGUCUGGGGGUGGGUGCCGGCUCCAAUAUUACGCCAAUCUACAUCUCGGAGCUGUCUCCGCCGGCCAUUCGCGGUCGAUUGGUCGGAGUCUACGAGCUGGGAUGGCAAAUCGGCGGUUUAGUCGGUUUUUGGAUCUGCUAUGGUGUGGAUGAGACCCUUCCGCAGAGCCACAAGCAGUGGAUCAUUCCGUUUGCUGUGCAGCUGAUCCCCUCGGGGCUUCUACUCAUCGGUGCUCUGCUGAUCAAGGAAUCCCCGCGUUGGCUGUUCUUCCGGGGCCGUCGUGAGGAGGCUAUCAAGAACCUCUGCUGGAUCCGCCAGCUUCCUGAAGACCACAUCUACAUGAUGGAGGAGAUUGGUGCUAUUGACCAGUCUCUGGAACACCAGCGGUCGACCAUCGGACUCGGCUUUUGGAAGCCAUUCAAGGCGGCCUGGACCAACAAGAAGAUCCUCUACCGUCUUUUCCUGGGCAGCAUGUUGUUCCUGUGGCAGAACGGCUCCGGAAUCAACGCUAUCAAUUACUACAGCCCCACGGUAUUCAAGAGUAUUGGUCUCCGGGGAUCCAACACCAGCUUGUUCACCACGGGUAUCUUCGGCGUAGUCAAGACGGUGACCACCUUCGUUUGGCUGCUCUGGUUGAUCGAUCGCGUUGGUCGCCGAAUGCUUCUGCUGAUCGGUGCUGCGGGUGGCUCGGUCUGCCUCUGGAUCGUAGGCGCGUACAUCAAGAUUGCGAAGCCGGGGGAGAAUGACAACCAGCAGAUGGAUGGCGGCGGUAUCAUGGCGAUGUUCUUCUUCUAUCUGUGGACGGUCUUCUACACUCCUUCGUGGAACGGUACUCCGUGGGUGAUCAACUCGGAAAUGUUCGACCCCAACGUGCGAUCCCUAGCGCAGGCCUGUGCCGCCGGAUCGAACUGGCUGUGGAACUUCUUGAUCUCCCGGUUCACUCCGCAGAUGUUUGCCAAAAUGGAUUAUGGAGUGUACUUCUUCUUCGCGUCUUUGAUGAUUCUGUCCAUCAUCUUUGUGUAUCUGCUGAUCCCCGAGACGAAGGGUAUCCCGCUCGAAAGCAUGGAUGCUUUGUUCGAGGAGAAGCCCAUCUGGCACGCUCACGGACGGGUUCUGGCACAGAUCCGCGAAGACGAGGAACGGUUCCGACGGGACCUGGAGGAGUCUGGCUUCACGAAGCGAGACACGGAACAGGUGGAAGAGGCGGAUGUGUCGGUGGAGUCGAAGGUGUAUGGAUGA